GGUUACUUCUUGGCAUCGGCGCUGCACGGUGGUUUUGAGCCACUUGCCGUCGGCUUCUUUGCAGUGCGGCCUUCACCUGCACUCCUGCGAGCGGUGCAGCACUUCUUGCAGAUCUCCACCUACGAUGAAGAGACUGGCUGGAACCGCGUUGGCUUCGGGCCCUGGGGCUGCUUGGAUAGUACAGAUGACUGGUGUUUCCGUUCGUAUCAUGUCGGUGGAGAGUGCGGACAAGGCCUUUUCUAUGACUUGUUUUACCGCGCGGACCAGAAAUUCUGGAAGCCUGGUCUGCAAGGAGAGCUGCGGCAUUCUCAACCUUGGAACCAUGUAG